AUGCCUCUCGAGUAUCGAUUGGGGCAAAGCUCAGGUCAUUUUGAUCCCAUUGAGGCACACCUGCAGACUUUCCAGAAGACUGCCUACGAUCGACAUGCUCUCAACCAUCUGCGCUCUUCUGAGGCUCUUUACGAGCUUCGCUUCAGCCAGGACAAGCCACGGGCCCAUGUCAGACACUACUACCUCAGCAAGGACAGCCGUACCCACGGCGAACACAAUUCGCCCUGCAUCUUUGCACGGAGCUACAAGAACAAGACUGGAUUCACACUGAUUCAAGCCAUGCGUUUGACAGCCGAUCUCUUCGUCGACGAGACUUGGCAGUGUCCAGUGGGUGUCGAGAGCACAGAAGGAGCCCUUGGCUUCACACUCGAUGACGUGGCGCAUAUCGCGGCCAUUCGCGAGCAAAUCGACGGUUUCAAAUGCCAAGGUGCCACGCUGCAGAUCCACACAGGCUGCGUCAAUACGCCUGACAUCUUCUCGGAUCCUCAUGAGACCUGCUCGUGCUGUCACGGACAUGAUCUGACUGGCAGCGAAGGAGGAUACCUGGAGGAGGAAGUUGAGCUGGACGCAGGGGGAUUCGUGACGGAUAUUCACAACAACGCAGUAGUUGCCAGGCUUCUCGAAGAGGUAUCCGAUACGCCAAUUGCCGAUAUCACCUCGGCCACCAUCAGAAGCCUUGUCGCGCCAUUGGACUAG